UUUCGUCAGUUACCGAGAUUUCUCUUGUGCGUCAGGUGGUGCAGCUUCCCGGCUGUGUUUCUAAAGUGUUUUGUGUCGUUUUAUGAUGUGUGGUGCGGUUAUGUGAUUUGAAUUCGGCCAUGGGUCUUAUGCCGCUGGAGUUUAAGGACUGUCUUACCGACAGUCCUUACUUUAGGGAAAAACUUCACGCUCACGAAAAAGAAUUAGAUCAGACGAAUAGUUCUAUAAAGGCUCUGAUCAAGGAAGUUAAGGAACUUUUUCAAGCCGCUCGAAACCUGUCUCGAGCGAAGAGGAACCUGAGCAAUAACUUGCAGCGUUUCAAGUUCGAAAUCAUCGGAAACAGCCAGACCGACGAUGAAAUCAUCAUCGGCGGAUCUCUCAAGGAGUUCGCCAAGAUCAUCGACAUGGUCGAGGACGAGAGGGAAAGGAUGCUGGACCGAUCCUACGAGCAGAUCAUCGUGCCCCUGGAGACCUUCCGAAAGGAAGCGAUCGGGGGCGCCAAGGAAGGUCGCAAGAAGUUCGAGAAACAGACGCAGAAGUUCUGUCAAUCUCAGGAGCGAUACCUCAACCUCUCGACCAAGAAGGACGAUCAAGUUCUGCAGGAAGCUGAUGCGUCGGUGGAAAUGGAACAGCGUUAUUUUGUUCAUGCCUCACUCGACUAUGUGUUUCUGCUGCAGGAGGUUCAGGAGAGGAAGAAGUUUGAGUUCGUCGAAACAUUAUUAAGUUAUAUGUAUGGUUGGCUGACAUUCUAUCACCAAGGCCACGAAGUAUUCAACGACUGCAACCCGUACAUGCGGGAUCUCCAAGUUAGAGUUCAAAGGACGCGUGAGAACUUCCUCGCCACGCGCCAAGAGUCUGUUACGCUAAAAAACAAGAUGCUGGAGGUGCGUAAGACGAAAUCAAUGGAUCCUGGCAACAUGGACAAAAUGUAUACCAGGCAGGGUUAUCUCUUCCUCAUGGAAAAAAAGGCAUUCGGUACUACGUGGACAAAGCACUACUGCCUAUAUCAGAAGGAGAACAGGGUAUUCACCAUGAUUCCUUACAAUCAAAUACAACAUAAAAUUCCUCUUGUAAAUCAAAGUAGGGGAUACAUUGACAGGACCUCAACUGAGACAAUUGUCUUGAAAUCUUGUAUACGUCGGAUGUCAGACAGUAUUGACAAAAGAUUCUGCUUUGAUGUAACUGCACAAGACAGAGCUGGCGUCCAGUAUACAUUGCAAGCGUUAUCUGAGGAGGAUCGUAAACUCUGGAUGGAUGCUAUGGAUGGGAAAGAGCCUAUGUAUGCUCAUCCAAGUGGACCGCCAGGAUCACAGGAAGAGACUUGUUUAGAUGAUGUAGGUUUAAACUUCUUAUCCAAAGCAAUAUCUAUGUUAGAAAGUAGAGGUUUGGAAGAUCAGGGUCUUUACCGGUUAGUAGGUGUAGGGAGUAAGGUAACCAAGUUACUUGCCUUGGGACUGGAUCGUCGAAAAGCUGAGAAGUUAGUUUUAGAUGAUCCAGCUGAGUGGGAGGUGAAGACAAUAACAUCUGCCAUCAAGCAGUACUUCCGUAAUCUUCCAGAGCCCCUCAUGACGUACAAGCUUCACAGUGCCUUCAUUGCUGCUGCCAAACAAGACCGGCUCUUUCAGAGAGUGAAUGAGAUCCAUGUUUUAACUCACAAACUGCCAAAGACAAAUUUUUUAGUUCUUAAAACUCUAAUUCAGCACUUAGCCAAUGUUUCUAACAAGAGUGAGAAAAACUUAAUGACUGUUAGUAAUCUUGGUGUUUGCUUUGGACCAACUUUACUCAGACCAGAAGAGGAGACAGUGGCUGCCAUAAUGGACAUUAAAUUCUGCAACAUAGUUGUUGAAAUACUUAUUGAACAUUUUGAUAAGAUUUUUAAUAAUGUUCCUGAGCCUGUUGUGGAUGUUGGUCGCAUUGGAGAUACCUCAGGACCACACAGACAGACACCACCUAAAUCCUCACCACCUCCACCUCUCCAAAAUCAAACAGGCAGUGCUUCCCAGCCAGUCAAUCACAACUCUAACUCAUCUGCACCUGUAUCAAACACUAAACAUCCACCAGUUUUACAGAAGGUUGUGACAUCCUUUACUACAAGUGAACCCCAAACAGUGCAUUUUGGAGCUCCAGGUCUUCCUUCACACAUGCAGCGAUCUGAUGCGCUUUCAAAUCUGAAGACACAGACAACUGGAUCAGGUGUAGGGACAGGACUACGCUCUCACACAUCCAGUGUUUAUGCUAAUGUACCCCCACCACCUUCUGCCACUCAUGUCUGGAACAAUGCACAGUCUAUAUCUAGUCUUAAUUCAGGUUUGAAUCCGGGGCAUAAUUCUCAUAGCUCCCUCGUCUCCUUAACUUCAGUCGUUGGUGGUUCUGUUGGAUUAAGUGGUUAUUAUGAAAGCAUAACUAAUAACCGACCUGCCAGGCCUCCAGCACCUACAAAUGGUCAAGCAAGAGGGGGUGGAGCAUUAUCAUUUGUCAAUCCUCUUUCGGAUCGUAAUGAUGGUGUUCAGAGCACAAGUAGCUCUAGUGAGUCUUUAUCUUCAAGAUCUUCAAGAGAGCUCACACAGCCACCAUCCAACUCUCUGUCAUCUUCUCCACAGACAAGUAAGAGGUUUCCUCCCCAUGUUAUGGCACCCCAUCAAAUGGGUGCUAAUGGUCCUCAUCGAGACGUCCGUGUGCAGCAAUCAAAUUAUUAUUCAUAUAACAACAGCAGUGCAAGAUUAGGGACAGCCUACCCACCAACAUAUCGCCAACAUAUGGAAACUCUGUGCAAGAGACAAUCUCUGGAGUACCUCUACUCAUCUAUGAAUUCAAUCAGUGGAUCACAGUCAACAUCAAGUCUUCUGGCUCCUACUGGUUCUUCACCUCCCUCCUCUACUUCUAAUGGAACUGCUAGUUCUCCGCCAAGCAGGCGGGUGAGGACGUUAUAUGCAUGUGUCGGUGAGAAUGAGUCAGAGCUUUCUUUUGAGCCCAAUCAAAUAUUAAGCAAUGUGCGACCAUCACGCGAGCCUGGUUGGCUUGAAGGGACACUCAAUGGAAGAACUGGCUUAAUACCAGAAAAUUAUGUUGAAGCAAUAGAUGAUAAUCCACCACCACCCCGACUUAUAUCCCAGCGAAACACUGACGUUUAACCCAAGUGAAGAAGUGCAUAGAGUGAAUGUAAUUACACUUUGUAAUAUAUAGUAUAGUGUCUUGUCAUUGUGGCACUGUAUACAAUUUUAUUGACAUAAAAAGGUGUGUGAUUGGAAUGUGGCCGCAAAAUGCAGUAAUUUAAAUGAAAAUAGGAAUACUAAGUCAUACAUAUUAAUGAAAAGUCUUUCUUUCAAUUGCAAUGUGAGCCUAAAUGCCUCCAAAGUAUGAAUGUAUAUAAGAAAUAGCCUGUCAACUACCCAUGUUUUUAUUAUUUAUUUUUAUCUUUAAUUGAAUGGGCACCUGGUUGAGAACCUAGACUCAGAGGGCAGCCAGAGAAAUUAUUUGGCCUCCUCCUUCUGAUCAUGUAUUGGUAGUCAUGAAUGUGUCACCCAUCAUUCAUCUUCAGGUAUAUUGUAAUUUCUGUGGUCAUUAUGUAAGUUAAUAUAGUUUUUAGCCCAUGUUGUUGACUAGGCCUUUUUAAGAUCUAAACUCCAUGAUUUUGGUUUAAUUUUUAUUCUUGCUUAUAAUGGUUACAGAACACUUGUUCAUGAAGCACAACUUCUUUUGUUUUACCUGUAAACCAGGAACUUGCAUACCAUCAAUCCUACGAGUGACUAAUUUAUCAUGGUACAGGUGCAGUGGUUUAUUGGUGUACUGCAGAUGGAUUAAAUGUCAAAAUGGUCUCGGUUAAAUAUGUACUCUACAAAUUUAUUGGUAGAGACUGAAAGGGGAAAAUCAUGAUGAAAAAUUGGUGCUUCAGAAGUUAAGAGCUUGUUUGUAAUAUUGCUGCUUAAAUCAAUAAUAAAAUAAUCCUAAGUUAAGCAUACAAUUAAUUGCUAGAUGCUUAGUUGAUAUAUGGAGACCAGAACUAAUAAUUUAAAUUCUUUAACACUGAAAAAAAAAUGGAGGAACUCAACAACUAUGGAGGGUACAGAAUUCAGUUUCCAAAAUAAAAACAAUUAUAUUAAUAAGUUUUGUUAGAUGGAGGUAAUCUUCCAAUGAUUUUUUAUUUGUUAAACUAACAUCAGAACAAUGAGCUUCUACAGAAACCAGUCAACAGAAAACCCUGUUGUCAACUAAAGAAUAAUUUUGCAAGUUGCCUUCUUCAGUGAAAACUUUAAAUGGCAUUUUUUGUUUGUAGGAUGCAAGUAGGCUUGAUAUUCUUUAUGAGAGAUGUAUAAUUUUAUAUAGGUGGUAUACAUUAAUUGUAUUGAUGUUCUUCUUUCUUUAAUAAUUAGUAGUAGUUUGUGUAGCCAAUGUAAAUUCUUAAAUUACUUGGGUUAUUGAAAUACCACUCCUUUUACAAUUGUUGGCUGUGAAAAUACUACUCCUUUUAUAAACAGGGGCUCUCUGAUUAUGUUCUGCUUUAUCAAAUAGGUUAAAAAUAUAGCCAAGAUAACCUCCAAACCUGGAGUUACAGGAGUGCAGUAUUCUUAUGUAAUGAUAUUGGUUUCAAUUUUGAAGUAUUUUUUGUAGAAGCCUGUGUUUCAAUAUUAAAAGAAAGUUAACUAAAAAAAAUAUGAAAGGGAAACAUCAAGGAAAUGCUUUGUAUACGUCCCUUUUAACCUCUUCCAUAUAGCUGUCUAAUUAUAGUGCUUCAGUUUUCAUUUGUCAAUUGAAAUCCUUUGGGUGAGCCCUGUAAGAGUCUAGACCAGCAACUCAACAGUCUGGUUAACUCUUGUAAUUUAUAAAUCCUCACGAUCUCGCAAGUCAUCAAUAACUUAUAAAAAUUCCAAUCUAAAAAAAAAUGUGAUUGAAUGGAUGUUAGCAAAAAUAUCUUUUGAACUCUUCAGUUCAAUAUUCAAAUCUCUGAAGUGGUAAAUUAAGGGUGAAAGUUUUCACAUAAAGAAUCCAUUGCACCUACAUUUAGCAAAAUGUCGGAUUUAUGUAUACCAGUGUUUUCAGGUUUGUAAAGUGUUGGUGUGUGCUUAUUUGUAUGUAGAAUAUAAAAGCUAAAAUGCUUAAGUGUCUCCUCAUUUAAAGUAGUUACAUUGUUUUACAGCAGCAACCAAGGAAAAUUAAUGUGAUUAUAGUGUCAUAAUGUUGAACAUUCAUCCCAUGCAACUUUUUUUCUUCUUUGUUAUUGUCUGGAACAUUAGGUGCAGAAGUUUCUUUAGCCCAUUAUUAUGCUUCAUUUCUUCCUACUUGUAUUCCGGUUUCUCAAAAUUGUUAAGUAAAUACAUUUUUUGUAUGAUAGUUAUUACAGUUAGUUAUUACAGUAAAAUGUCACUGGAGGAUUAUAAGGCAAUUUCAGCUAAUAAAAAUUGACAGUGUGCCAUGUUUUAUAGAUGCAAUAAUACACGAUGUUUCUGAACAGUCGUAAUCCAAAUUUUAAACAUAUCUAGUAUUGUAUGAACGAAUGAGUGAACAUGGGAGAAUGGAUAAUGUAUAGAGUGAUAACCUAGUCUGCACUAAACCUGAGGGAUGCAUAUUUUACAUAGUUUUGUAUAUUUGUAAAUAUUGUUCAUUUUACAUUCUAAAGGAGUACUGUACCUAUUCACUGUACUGUAUUUGUCUUUAAGCCAUAUGAUUUUAUGUGUUUGUCUGGUUUUGCUAAUGAUUUCGUAAUUUUAAACAAGUGCUGAAUCAGAAAAAGACAAGUUUUAGUUUAGACUGUCCUCUGCCAUGCAUGAUUUUCAGUGUUUGUAUUAUAAUGUGAAUAAUUAGUCUUAUUUAGAUAGCCUAUUCAUUAUGACUAGGUUUUUUAAAUGGAGCUAGUCAUGUGUAAUGAUCCAAUACAACUUGGAUUAUGGUAGUUUUAAAGAAAACAAUUAUGGAUAAUGGUGAUCAUGCUGUAAUGGACAUUCCCAAAGGUGUGUAUUAAAUGAAUAUGUCUGCUGUGUUAAUCAAUCCUAAAAUGUUGCAGUGAUUUUGUUUAAAAGUUCCUUUGGUUAUCUUUCCGUUGUCUUUGUAUUUCAGAUUUCUAUACACAUUCCAUAUAAUUGUGAACUCUUGAUGCAAACAUAUAGCUUACAGUGUCAAAAAUGUUUUUUUUUUUUUGGGUGGGGUAAGGGCUGUCAGCUUACCAAGGUGAUUCACAAAACACCUUUAUUUUCAUAAUAUUAAACCUGACAGUACAUACUGCACAGAAAAAACUAAAGUGAUUUUUUAUGAAUUUCACUUGCCACAACUCAUGCAGGUGAAUUGAAAUACAGCCACAAAUAAUCAAUAAAACUGAUACUACUAGUGCAUUUUGUAAAUUAGGUUGUCAUGCCAAGCUCUGGGAAAAAUGCAGUUUAUGAAUUAAUUAGUUAUGGAGUUUUGCAAAGGCCCCAGCCGUAUCCCAAAUACUUAUAGUCAAAUAAUUGGGCAGUGUAUUUGAAGUAUAUUCAGAAUAAAAUCCCACCAUGAAUAUGUUUCUUUACAACAAAAUUCUGUAUUCUCUUAAUUUAUUUUGAAAAAUAUUAUUUGUCCGACUGUGUACUUUAUAUAAAGUAAUGUUUAGAAUGAUUAAAAUUAAAAUAUUUUAAAUAAAAUAUUUAAAAUCAUUUACAGUAACCCACAUUACAAGUGCCCUCUCCCCUUUUAUACAAACUUGAGGGAUUUCAGGCAUCAAAAUUUCUUCCUUAAAACAGAUUGUAUGUUUAGAAAAUGUCUUUGUUCAAAGUCAUUAAAUUUUCAUUGGAGAAAUUAUCAUGGGAAUGUAAAUACAAUAGUUAUAUACGUAAGUACAAUUUUGUUGUACUUGUGAUUAUCAUAAGGCAUUAAGCUUCAUCAUCAAAGCCAAGAAGAAUCAAGAGUUUACAAUAUUAAAAUCAAGCACUUACAGUUUUUACUAUUGUUAAUUUUGCAAGCUUUUCAUGCAAUUUUACAGUGAAUAUUGGCAAACCUGGACCUAGACUGAUGUAUUAAAUCCUCUCUCAACUACCUAGUCAAAAUAUAUGCUAGAGCAUCUACUAUAAAUAUGUUAAUAGCCUUAAUUCUAGAUUUUGAGUUGAAGGAUUUAGAUUAGCCGAGUCUAGGUAUCAUGAGAAAAUGGCAGAAAUGUAAUGUUUUUAUAAUGAGUGAUGGAAAGUGACUCAUGAGCUUUAAAUGGAUUUGCUCAAAAAACUUACUCUUGGACAUGCAAAUGCCAAAUUUACAUGGCAACUGGCUGUAAAUGGGAGAAAUAAGGAGCCAUAUAUGUAUAUCUUUAAACUGACAACAUAUUUUGAUAAAUUUCACAUUCCAUUAGGAUGUUCCUGCAAUAUAAUCAAUCAAAAUAAUGACUGUUUUUGUCUUGUAAAUUACUUUUUAAAUGGGAUUUGUAAAUACUAUAACUGUUUAUUUGUAUAUUUUAAGGUGCAUUACGUUAAUGCAGAAAAUUACUAGCCAAUACUUUAACCACAGUUUAUUUAUGAUUUUUCAUUCCUGUUUUACUGCUAAAUAAUAAGAUUACCAUUUCCUUGACUGUUGAAAAGGUAAAAAAAAAAAAAUGAAUAUAUAGAAGGGUACCAAACAAGAAAUAUGUGCUAUUAAAUAUUGUUCCCCGGUUAAAUUUCUUUUAUAAUUAUGUACUUCAUUAUAUAAAAUUCUAUUCUUUUUUAGAAACUAAGUUUUUGUAAAUAAAUAUUGUUGAUAAGACUAAUAUGCACCAUGAUUUGUAUAUAAUAGGAUAAAUAUAAGGAUGCAUAAAAUGAAUAUUUUAAAAUAUAUGUCUAAAGAA